UAAUAUGCCUGAAAAAAAAACAAAAUGUAAUCUCCCGAGUAUCCGAAAGCCAAAGCCGAGAGAUAAUCAUUUACACAUUUAGUAUAUCUCACAUUCUUGUAUAAUAUAACUCUCUUUCUUAACACCAUGAGGCCCUUGCCUCAUUAAAAGUAAUAUUCAACCCUUAUUCUGCGCUCUAACGGCUUCAAGACCUGUUGCAGGAAUUCUCUAAACCGCUCACGGUCUAGCGUCGUCCAUUAGCCCGGGCCGUCUGGUUGACUGUCUGGUGGAUCAACCCCAUCACUCCAUCUCACCCAAGUUUUACCAAGCUUGCCCUGUACGCGUAAACGACCUAAAAGGACUUCGCGGAGUGGGUUGUACGGUACCAUUCGAAUGACAUGACCAGCGCACCAGAAACCGGCUGGCGAGUCUGAUUCCCUAUUCCAUGGUAAGCUCAUCGCAUAACUCAUAGAGCUUGUCAUUCUAGCGGCUUCUCUAUUGUCCUCAAGGUUAAGGAAAACUGUAAGAAAAACGAAUACCUUGUCUUUGACGACAGAAAAGCUGUGCAAACGAACCUGGUUUGCUCUUCGAGACCAAUAGCGGUGUAUGUCGAGUCCCAUAGCGGCGAUUCCAUGCGGCGUGCCAUGAAGGGUAGUAGAGCGAUACCCUUUUCAAUGGCAUGAUGAACAACCUUCUAUUUCUGAUUCACAUCUGGUUUGUUUUAGUUUAUUGCUAGUGUGAAACUGAACGGUCUCCCGUGACCUCUCUCGUCACUCACACACUUAUGCGCGAGCAGGCUCAUACACAAAGGUCCAGGCCUGUAACAAUGCACAAACAUUGGUUUGCCCGAUUACGUGGUAAAAGUAAUUACAUAUAUGUUAUGGUAGGUCAACAACAAUUUGAUUAUAAUUUCUUUCGCUUCUUCACGCCCCACACACACAUAAUCAGUCUACUUAAGUGUUAAAUUUAUGCACGAGAUUUUAUUUAAUCAAACCCGAACGUGAAUCAAAGCCGAAACCAUAGUAAUCGGUUUCCAUUCACGUGCUUACAUUAACAUCACAUCUGUGUGGACGUUAUUGUUUAAUUUGCGGGCUUUCCCCAGAGAUAAGCGAACGAGCGGUGGUUCGAGUCGAUCGCCAUUGAGAAUGCAGUCUCAGUUCUAUUCACUAUCAGCUACACACAGGAUCGUGCAAUCUGGCAGCAUGUUGUGGUACGUGCGACUGGUGGUAAUGAUUACUUUGUUCGGUGCUAGCUGGGGGGUGCUGGUGGUGGGUCCGACAUUUGUGCACUCCAACCAAGCGUACAAGUUAGUGAUCAGCAACUACGAGCAGAAUGUAAGCAAGGUGGAUCUAGAGUUGCUCCUGGAAGCACAAGACGAAAGCGGAAAGAAUGUGUUUUCCUUCCCGAAGCAAAUUGAUGUGCGGCGUGAUGCGUUUCGUACCAUCAUAUUUGAUAUUCCAUACAUCUCUUCUUCAACUAAGCUUAUUAAGCUGACGAUCGAUGGACGACGUGGAUUUAGCUUUCACAAGGAAGUGCCACUUGAUUUUCUUGCAAAACCGACAUUCGGUUUAAUACAGAUCGAUAAGCCGGUGUUCAAACCAGGCGAUACGGUUCAAUUUCGUGUGAUUGUGUUGGAUACCGAGUUGAAACCUUCUACACGGGUCAAAACAGUUCAAGUGAUGAUCCAUGAUUCUCAAAACAAUGUGGUUCGGAAGUGGUCCUCGGCAAGAUUGUACGCCGGAGUGUUUGAGAAUAACCUUCAAAUUGCACCAACUCCAAUGCUCGGUAUAUGGAACAUCUCGGUAUUGGUCGACGGAGAAGUACUCGUGUCCAAGACAUUCGAGGUGAAGGAGUAUGUGUUGUCCUCGUUUGACGUAGAGGUGGUACCAACCGUUAUUCCUCUGGAGGAGCACCAAAGUUUGAGUCUGACGAUAGCAGCCCACUAUCACUUCGGAAAACCAGUGAAAGGGCGUGUCAAGGUGGAGCUGUACUUGGAGGACGAUAAGCGAGAUCAGGUGAAAGAGUUCGAAAUGUCCGGGAUGGGACAGGUCACGCUCCGUUUCAAUGAAGAACUAGAAUUGUUUCACGAUCAACAAGAUGUGACUGUAAAGACGACCUUUAGCGAGCAGUUUACGGGGCGAACUGCGAUGAAAGAGCAAAAAAUUUCCGUUUACAAACAUUUGUACCGCGCAACGAUGGAAAAGGAUAGUGCACUGUUUCGUGCUGGUAUUAUUUUCAAGUGCAAACUGAAGUUAACCUAUCACGAUGGUUUACCAGUCAAGAAUGUUCCUAUGUUGGUGAUAGUAGAAGGAGAGGACGUCGACAACGAAAAAGUGUAUGUAACCGAUAACAAAGGUGCAAUCAAGCUAGAGAUGCGUCCAACGGAGGCGACCCAGGAAAUGACAAUAAGAUUGGAAGACAACACAAGCCAGUUCUCAUUUCACGAAGUAAUUAAAAAAGCCGCAACAGACACGUUCAUAAAACUAAACCUGGUCUCAUCAGUUAAAAUAAACCAACCGAUCAGAAUGUUGGUGACGUGCAACACAAAGAUGACAUUUUACUACUACUAUGUAGUGUCCAAGGGCACCAUCUUGUACGGAAACAUUAAGCGAGUAAGUGGACUUACCAAAGAUUACUUAACGAUUGAUGCAACCGAAGGAAUGUUGCCGAAAGCGACAAUUUUGGUUGCUACCAUAACCAACGCCAUGAUGGUAACCGACACGUUUGAAGUGGAUUUAAAUCAGUUAAGCAACAAACUGGAAAUAAGAAUGGAGAACACAGCGGUUAAACCAGGUCACGAGAUCGAACUUCAGCUGUAUGGACGACCGAAUGCGCAUGUUUGGCUCGCUGCGUAUGAUAAAGGUCUACUUCAAUUCAACAACAAGCAUGACCUAUUUUGGAAGGAUGUGAUCGAAGCGUUUGACAACUUCCAUGCCGUCAAAGAGGAUGAAUAUGAUGUUUUUCAUAGUAUAGGCUUGUUCGCCAAAAUGUCUGGAGAAGCUCGGAUAGAAACGACAAACACUGCAUCUAUGCGCUUUGGAGGUAAUUAUAUGAAACCUACGUCAACGAUGGUUCCGUAUCGCACAAACUUCCAAGAAUCGUGGUUAUGGCAGAAUGUGACCAUUGGAACAUCUGGAAAGCGCAACAUGAUCGAAAUGGUGCCAGAUUCGACCACAUCCUGGUAUUUGACGGGAUUCUCGAUUGAUCCAGUGUACGGUUUGGGAAUCAUCAAAAAGCCCAUCCAGUUCACAACGAUCCAACCGUUUUACAUUGUGGAUAGUCUUCCGUACUCCAUUAAACGAGGUGAAGUGAUCGCGUUACAGUUUACACUGUUUAACAAUCUUGAAAGAGAGUAUACCGCUGAUGUGACGCUUUACAGUGUGGCUAAUCAGACGGAAUUCAUUGGACAACCUGUGGAAGAUAUCAGCUACACCAAAUCCGUAAGCGUUCCUCCGAGGGUUGGUGUACCGAUCUCAUUUCUGGCGAAAGCGCGAAAGCUCGGAGAGAUGGCGGUACGCGUGAAGACAACGAUCAAAGCCAGAAUCGGACAAGAAUCGGACGCACUGGAAAAAGUGAUCCGAGUCAUGCCAGAAAGUUUGGUACAGAAUAAGAUGGAAUCUCGGUUCUUCGCUUUCAAUACACACACCAGUCAAACCUUUCCCAUUAAUUUAGACUUAGACAAAAAAGCCGAGCAUGGUUCGAAAAAGCUUAGGUUUCGGCUGAAUCCCAGUUUGCUCACAACUGUUAUCAACAACUUGGGAAAUCUGCUAGACAUUCCAUCUGGUAGUGGGGAACAGAAUAUGAUUCACUUUGUACCAAACAUUGUUGUUCUCGACUAUUUACAUGCUAUUGGUUCGAAGGAACAGAAUCUCAUCGAUAAAGCUACCAGUUUGUUACGCCAAGGGUACCAAAAUCAGAUGCGUUAUCGUCAGACAGAUGGAUCAUUUGGUGUGUGGCAAAAUAAAGGUGGCAGCGUCUUCCUUACCGCUUUCGUCGCAAAAUCGAUGCAAACUGCGUCGAAAUAUAUAACCGAAGUUGAUGUAGCGAUGGUCGAAAAGACAUAUGAUUGGCUUGCUUCGAAGCAACACAGCUCGGGAAGAUUCGAUGAGGUUGGUGCUGUGAUUCAUCAAGAAAUGCAAGGCGGUCUACGAAAUGGCAUUGCACUGACAUCGUACGUGUUGACAGCGCUUCUAGAGAACGAGAAAGCUAAAGAAAAGCACGCGGCAGUGAUCCAAAAGGCAAUGAGUUAUCUAAGUUCGAACUUGGAAGACAUCCAAAACCCUUACGAUCUGUCCAUUGCGACCUACACAUUGAUGUUGUACGGACAUGAAAAGAAGACUACAACAUUAGACAAGCUCAUCGGUCUUUCUACUCCCAGAAAUGACGGUAACGAUUUGGAACGGUACUGGAACUCGACCAACAGCAUAGAGACGACCGCAUAUGCGUUGUUGUCAUUUGUAUUAGCGGGGAAAUAUGAGGACGGUAUUCCAGUGAUGCGAUGGCUAGUGAAUCAACGCUAUGUUACCGGAAGCUUCCCACGCACUCAGGACACCUUCGUAGGACUGAAGGCACUGACAAAGUUGGCGGAAAAAAUUUCUCCCUUGCGGAACGACUACACCAUACAGCUUAAUUUUAAACAUCGUAUGUCAACAAAAUUGCCAACCAAACAUUUUCGCAUAAGCUCGCAAGACAUCAAUAUUACCGACUUCGAGGACAUACCGCAGGAGACAAAGUCUCUGGAGAUCACUGUUGGAGGAAUCGGAUUCGGAUUGUUGCAGGUGAUCUAUCAGUACAGUUUAAAUCUCGUGGACUUCGAGCACCGAUUUCACCUGACUGUAACGAAACUGAGUUCUGACUACGAGCUGCGGCUGAAGGUAUGUACAAGCUUCAUUCCAGAAUUGACGGAUCAGCGUUCGAACUUGGCGCAUAUUGAGGUUGCUUUCCCUAGUGGAUAUGUUGUCGAUCAGAAUCCGAUCAGCGAGCAGACUUCCUUCAAUCCGAUACAGCACACUGACAUUAGGUACGGAGGUACAUCGGUUGUUGUGUAUUAUAAUAAUAUGGGCACCGAACGGAACUGCUUCACCGUGACGGCUUACAGACGGUUUAGAGUGGCCCUGAAGCGUCCAGCAUAUGUGGUUGUGUACGAUUCGGUCAAUGAAAAUUGGAAUGCCAUUAAGUUGUACGAAGUGGAUAAACAGGAGGUUUGCGACAUAUGCGACGAAACCGAUUGUUCCAAGUACUGUUAAAAAAGAUGAACCUAACUGUUUCAAACUUAAAACGAACUACAAAAAGAAAGUGACGUCUAUGGUAAACCAAGAAGUAAUGUUGAAGUUGAUAGUUUGGGGUAUGUGUGACCUUCAUAAAACCUACGAGAACUAAAUUAAACUAAAUUAUUGACACAACGAUACUUCGAUACAAGUGUGAAUAAAAGGUAUCUACGCCUGAUUAGUCAAUUGGAAUAUUCGGACUGGUCUUUCCUAGAGGGAAACCCUGAUGUUGAUCAAGCGCUGGAAUUAUUCAAUCGAAUCUUCCUAGAACACCUAGCUACCUGCUUCCCUGUACAACCUACUCGACAUAAACCCUCUUGGUCUAAUAACAUCUUGCCGACGCAAGAAGUGAAACAAAUCUUGAUGCUAUCGAUUCUAUCGUAGAAAUAGGACGCAACAUUCUAGGCUAAUAUUCGCACAUAACGUCUACAGAAGCUACAAUAGACUAUCCCAUCCGUGCUAUUUUGUUCGUGUACGUUCUUCCCUCUCUAGAAACCCGAAUUGUUUCUGCUGUUUUCUCCUAUCAUGACCUCAGAUAGUCUGAAAGAGAAAGGCAACCUAUUUGCCGAACGAUGUAAGGAGUGCCUUCACCAGGAACGUGUACACUUCCGUUUGAUAUUGAUAUUGACAUGCGAUUCCGUACUACGUGUCAUGCAGCAGGCUAAAGCCUCCUUCAACGCUGGGCCUGAUGGAAUUCCAACCGCAAUGCUUGUCAAAUGUCGUGAAAUAAUUGCUAUGGCACUCGAACUGAGACUAUUCCUUCCUGUUCGUUCCUUCCUGACUGUCUCUGAUUGCAAAGAUCCAUUGACAGUUUCAAACCUUUUCACACAACUUUCCGCUACGACAGUUCGAAUGAUUGACAAAAGAGGGCGCUACUAACAGACCAUAUAAAACAGGGAUUACGAGGAAAAGAGGGAUCAGUUGGCUCGGUGGCUAGGUGGUCAGUUUCAUUAGAUUUAUGUUGACAGUUGAUGGGUUGCAGGGGCAUCAAUAUCAAUGCAGCAAUUUCUCCUCAUCAUUUCCAUUUCCCAUUAACUUGGUUCUGAUAGUAAGCCUUCCAAAUGGUAUAUCUAUGGCACUAUGAAGGUACUAGAAAAUGUCAAAAGAAUAUUAUUAAUAUGGCGACCAUAGCGUCUUAGUUAGCCAGGACAGAAACAAGCAGCAAAGCGGAACCUAAGAGUAAGCGCGCAAACUAGCCAAGUUGCUAGUCGAGGACGAUCAGGAACGAUCCUGGAAACAGGAGGACAACUAGUGCGAGGAGAAACGAGACAGAUGGUUCAGGACAUGAGUCAGCAAGGUAUAAACGGUGGCAUACCUGUACCAGAAACAGUUUCGUUCUAACCCCGAGAAGGAAGGAAGGAAGGAAGGAAGAUAGUCAGUCAGCAGCCGACGCUGGAAGUAAGACUGCCAACCGGCCAACGAUUGGUACAAGGAAGGGAGGAAGUUGUAAAUAAAAAAAUAUUCCUCCCCGGGAACUCCUAAACUAACAAUGACUAUAAUCUUAUAUAAUUCCCUGAAAUAAAAAAAAGAUUAAGGAUAAUAUUCCAUCGUAAUUUCGUAAUCGUAAUUUCACUACAUCCUAGCCACACCCAGUCACACGAGCCCGAUUGUUGUUAGAAUACUGUAUUCCGACAAAUGUCAGCUGAAGUUAAUAAAAGUAUGAAUUUAAUCGUACCGUGUAGAGUUAAGGGCCGAAAAGCAGGACUAACUUUUUGGCGGUACGGUUUUCCAUUU